CUCAGUGGUGGAUACUGCAGUCACGUGACCGCCAACGUCAACAACAACAUGGCAGCCUCCUGUUUGGUAAAGUAACACAGGGUCCAAGCUGCUAGCGGAUCUCUUCGUUUCUCCAAGCCGAGAGUCGUAGUUUCGAGUGGAAACCAGCGGAUGCAGCCAUGUCUCCAAAGCUCACAGGAGAGAUACUCAGGCAGCUUCGCCAAGCAAUGAGGAAUUGCAAAUACUUUCCUGAGCCUAUACAAGCCUACAUCAUCCCUUCUGGAGAUGCCCAUCAGAGUGAAUACAUCGCACCGUGUGACUGCAGGCGUGAAUACAUCUGUGGAUUUAAUGGCUCUGCAGGUACAGCCAUUGUCACAGAGCAGCAUGCUGCAAUGUGGACCGAUGGGCGUUAUUUCCUCCAGGCAAUUCAACAAAUGGACAACAACUGGACUCUCAUGAAGAUGGGACUGAAGGAAACACUCUCUCAAGAGGACUGGCUCAUCAGCGUCCUGCCGGAGAACUCCAAAGUGGGAGUAGAUCCCUGGAUCAUUGCUGCUGAUCAGUGGAAGAGCAUGUCCAAGGCGCUGACCAGCGCAGGACACUCUCUGGUUGCGGUGCAGGACAACCUGAUCGAUGUGGUGUGGCCUGACCGCCCAGAAAGGCCCAGCACACAGCUCCGCACCUUGGGAUCGGAAUAUGCUGGGAUCUCCUGGCAGGACAAGAUCUCCACGCUGCGAAGUAAAAUGACAGAGAGGAAAAUCAGCUGGUUUGUUGCCACGGCGCUGGACGAGAUUGCAUGGCUCUUUAACCUCCGUGGUGCAGACAUUGAGUACAACCCAGUUUUCUUUGCGUAUGCCAUUGUGGGACUCGACACAAUAAGACUUUUUGUGGACGUAAAGCGGCUUUCUGAUCCCAUUUUACGAGAACAUCUGCAGCUGGACUCGCCCAGCAAACCCGAGCUGAGCAUCCAAACGUUCCCGUACGAGACAGUCUACUCUGAGCUUCAGGCUAUCUGCGCCGCGCUCGGCCCCAAAGACAAAGUGUGGAUUUGUGACAAGGCCAGUUGUGCUCUCACACAGGUCAUCCCAAAGGCCCACAGGACUCUGAUCCCCUACACUCCUCUCUGCCUCGCCAAAUCUGUGAAGAACACCACUGAGAUUCAAGGAAUGAAAAUGGCCCAUAUUAAGGAUGCAGUUGCGCUCUGCGAACUCUUCGCUUGGUUGGAAAAGGAGAUUCCAAAAGGCACCGUCACUGAGAUCUCUGCUGCUGAUAAGGCUGAAGAAUUACGCAGUCAACAGAAAGACUUUGUCGGUCUGAGUUUCCCAACAAUCUCCAGUGUUGGACCAAAUGGAGCAAUUAUUCAUUACAGACCACUACCUGAAACCAACAGAACCCUGACACAGAAUGAAGUGUACCUGAUUGACUCUGGAGCUCAAUAUGUAGAUGGAACCACAGACGUCACACGCACUGUGCACUUCGGGACACCAAGUGCAUAUGAGAAGGAAUGCUUUACCUACGUACUGAAAGGACACAUAGCUGUCAGUGCUGCAGUUUUCCCUAAUGGAACAAAAGGCCACCUGUUGGAUUCGUUUGCACGUGCUGCCUUGUGGGAUUCGGGUCUGGACUACCUUCAUGGUACGGGCCACGGCGUGGGCUGCUUCCUCAACGUUCAUGAGGGGCCCUGCGGCAUCAGCUACAAGACCUUCGCAGAUGAGCCUCUGGAGGCCGGCAUGAUAGUCAGUGAUGAACCUGGGUACUAUGAAGACGGCUCCUUUGGCAUUCGCAUUGAAAACGUGGUUCUUGUUAUUCCAGCGAAGCCCAAAUACAACUACAGGAACAGAGGGAGUCUGACGUUUGAGCCUCUCACGCUGGUGCCUAUUCAAGUCAAGAUGAUGAACACAGAGCUGCUCACUGAGAAGGAGCUCGCCUGGCUCAACGACUACCACAGGAAGUGCCGCGAGGUGGUUGGAGCGGAGCUGGACAGACAGGGCAGGAAGGAGGCGCUGGAGUGGCUCGUCAGAGAGACGCAGCCGAUCUGAGCUCGUGGCCCAGGACGUGCAGCGGUGAUCAUCUGUAUUUGACUCAUGUUUCUCUUUGUCUCACACAUUGCUUCUUUUGUAAAGCUCAUCAUACCAGCAGUUUUAUUAAAUGUCACUAAAAAUC